AUGUCUGCGUCCAUCCAUUCUACUUCCUCGAAUACUCGCACUGGUGUUUGGGAACCCCUACCUGCCGUGAUCUAUGCAGUCGUAAUACACCCUCUGGACCCUCCAAAGGUUGUUGGGACAAGUAAUGACGGUCCUGGGGGUCCUGAACAUGGUCCCACGAACGGACUCCAAACUCUGCCAGAGGAGCUCGAGCCUGAUGAUCCUAUGGCGAAUCAACAUCUAGUGCCUCUCGAGAUCGGAGAUGAGGUAUAUGCCUUUGAGAGGUUUGUGUCGGAUGCCAGAGCAUCGUGGUACAGAGGUUAUGUUGUUUCGACAUCCUUUCAAGCCUCCAUACCGAUACGUGCCAUUGAUGCCCCUUCGUCUCUGUAUGGGGAACAGAAGUUCUCCAAGGGGGUACUUCCUGCCUCCCACAUUUACAUACGUGAGCAUCUUCCAGAUGCACAGGGGCGUCUAGCAGAUCUAUACUCCAGAGUUAUGAAUGGUCAGGUUGACGGUGCCCCGCGUGCGAUUGGCGGAAUGGUACCCCUGCAGGAAGUUGAAGGAGAAGACGAACUGGAGGGAGGCAAUUCAUCGUCAGCCCAUGCCAGGAGCCCGAGGGGUCCUCGUCCUGUGCACCAUACACCGAUCCCCCCUUUAACGAUGGACGUCCAGCCUUCGUUGAAAUCUAGUGACGAGACCGUUUCAGACGAGAUAGCGUCGACAUUAAGGGAGUGGCACGUUCACAUGUUCAAGCAUUUGCAACAGCGGGAUUAUCGAUUAUUCAAUCUCGUCAAGGAGCAUAUUGAAGCUCUUCAUCUGAGUCGGCGGCAACUGUUAAAUGGAUCCCUCAGCGUCGAGGAGACAACUAUUCUUCGAAAAGAAUGCGUAGUUCGUCUCGUGAAGGGUAAUAUUGCUCAAGAUCUGGAUGUUAUUGUCCGCCACCCUCUUUGGGGGAGUCUUGUGACAGUUGAACACGACGGUGAUGUUGAUCCCCGUAGUUGGAUGAGUGCCGUCCGUAUGUUCACAUUACAAUCAUCGCUUGCGUACAUCGAAUCACAACCAACGGCAACAUCUGUUUUAACAAAACUGUCCGCUCUCAGUCCUCCUGACAGAACGCGCGGCCGUUCUUGUUCUAAUCUUAUCACAUCUACAUCGCCUACUAAAUCCACACUUAAUUUGGCCGAAAACGUAACCUCAGCCUUAUCACCAGGCCUCCGAGCCACGGCACGUCAAGCGGGGAUGUUCUUUCAUGUGUAUCUCGAGAUCCGCGCUUUCGUGGCAUCGCCUAGCCUCCCAGGCGAAACUGCGGAACUCUACUUCUCACUGUACAGCAAAAGCAUUUCCCAGUUCAUCAGUGAGGAGUUUUGUGCUAUUCUCAAUCACAACGGUGUACUUGCUCGGGAUCUAGAUGGGAGUACUUCCCCGGGGCACAUCCGCGCUUUGUUCAAAGAUGUUGGCGAGCGUGAAGCCAAGGACGAUAUUUACCUCGUAUGUCGAAUCGUGCGAAAUGGAGCGAUGAAACUUGGUGAUUCCGGUGGCACCAAUGUUGACCCAUUACGACGUGGGUCGGAACCAACACUCCAGAAUAUCACGGAAGGCGUGGAGAAUUCCCAGUUUAACCGUCGCAACUCAGCCCUCCCCGCCGCCCAGGAUACUCAGGCAACAUCCUUUCGUCGUCCAUUCGGAGCAGCUGUAUUGGAGCUCAGUGCAUUGAAAUCCUUAUCUCAUGACGGUGUGGAAUCGACGGCGGCCACGGAGCAUACCCUCCCUAUUUUUGUGCCCACGAAUGAAACUACGUUUUCGAACCUUCAUCAGCACCUUAUUAUGAGCAAUGUCCGGGAGUUUGAGAAGUCCCCAAGGGCCCAAACGAUUGCUGCAGUGGUGAAGACGUUUCAUGGCGAAGCGGAUGUUAUUGCCCGCGAGAACCCGUCGCUGUUGCAUAAUGUCCCGACAGUUGCACGUCUCGGAUUUCCGGAUGUUGUCUUCCCAGGAGAUGUUCGGAAUGAUGUGUAUAUCAAACUUUGGUCAGGGGAGUUCCAUCAGUCCACUGGAGGGGGUGGGGUGCUUCGCCAUAUGCCAUCAUUUUCGAGUUCCUCUGGCAAUCUCGGCACUGUCCAAGUCACCCUCGAGGUUCGAACUCGUGCGGGGGCCCUGGUCGAAGGAGCCAUAUCUCAAGGCGUCGGCGAGCCUCCAGUUUCGCGAUUCCACUCGCUUGUCUUCCAACGCACGAACAGUCCUACGUUUGGCGAGCUUUUAAAACUUUGUGUAAAUCCGGAUGUUCUGCCCCAGUGUCAUCUCUUCUUUACUUUCAGGAAUCGGAGUUCUAGAGAGAAGAGUAAUGGUAGAGGCUUGGCUGAUUCAGCACACCAAGACCGGGCGUUUGCAUUCGCUUAUCUGCCACUUUGCCCUGAUGGUCAGGCCUUUGUGCCCGAUGGUAGUCACAGUCUUGUGUUAUAUCGUGCGGAUAAAUCCGCAUGGUCAUCUGCCGAAGACUAUUAUGGAGUUCCCCCGACAUUGAAGUCUGGUCAGAAGCUCGAGGAUCUUGUCAUCCCUCCUCAUCUCACGAAGACGGUCAUCCCAAUCCGCGAUGCACUUAUCAUACGCUCUCUGCUUUGUUCGACCCAAUUCACACAGAAUUCAGUUCUUCUCGGGCUGCUAAGCUGGGAUAAACAAGAAAACCAGAUUGAGGACUUGAAGACAGUGUUGUCUCAAUUUCCCUUCGUUGGGGAGGUGGAGAUCGUCAAGUUUUUACGAGACAUUUUCGAUUGCCUGUUCGCCAUCCUUGUGUCACCCGUUAACGAAAACGGUGUCCUGGACGACCUAGUCUUCAACGCUCUCAUAGUUGUCUUGGGGAUCAUCCAGGAUCGACGGUUCAAUAAUUUCGAGCCAGUUCUCGAUCUAUACAUUGAUCAGCACUUCACUUGUGCGGCAGCAUCGUCCAACUUGAUGGGAUCGAUGAACCGCCUUCUUGCAAAUCCGUCCUCAGAGGAGACAGCGGCCCAGCUUCGCAGCGCAUUCAAGGUCUGGCACUACAUCCUCAAGUUCAUCGUGCGUGCUCGAAUGAUCCAGAAAUCGAGAGAAGUUGGAAUGGGCGCAACCUCGGAACACCUGGAGGCCACUUUUAAGAAGGACCUCCGUUCUCAUAUCAGCGAUGUCAUCUCUCUGAUGAAAAUAACAAGCCCUUCCUCUCUUAUUGGGACACAGACCAUUGCGUUACAGCAAUUCCCUUCUAUCAUCCCUGACCUUGGCUUCAUCUUCUCUCCUGCAGAUGUAGUAUCUAUUGUCUCCGAUCUUUCGGAUGCCUUGCGAGGUGUCAAGGGUCGGAUGAUCAUAUGGAAGCUCAUGCUGUACCUUCACGUUGUCCGCGGUUACCUCUUUGAUCUACCGGAUUCAAGAGCUGCUAUUGUGGAAGCCAUGGUUGGUUGGAUCAAGCCAUAUCUGGGGCAUUAUGAUGAGUACCGUCAUACACGCAUCGACGAUUCGGAAGCUGCUAAGGACAGUGCUCGUAUCGGGUGGCUAGAAACUCUGCGGUUGACCAUUUCUGUCGUUGCCGUCAUGCUCGACAAGCUGCAGCAGGUCCUUGCCGAGCCUGUAAUACAGGAAGAUCGCAGAGCAUACAGUCUGGAGGAAGCAAAUGUUGGCUGGAUUCUGUCACUUCUGCCACGAGUGGUGGAAGCUUAUCAUGAGUUUCAAGGUGCCGAGAAUCUCAAGGCUAUGGAACGAUCGCGAUUGCCAGCCAUGGUGGCUACCUCCUUCCCGAUACCAUUCCCUGCUCUAUAUCCUUUUUCUUUGAUAUCCGAAGGCACCACACCUUCCAAAACGUUCAUUAAUGGCGUGCUUCACCAUACGCCCAACUACUACAAUUGUGGCUUAGCAGAAGUCGCAGUAGUGUUUAUCGCUAUGAUUCUUAUCUCUACUCCCAAGGACCUCCUUACGUUCUUUGAGAUGACAUUGGAGAUCGAGAGGCAAAACAACCUUACCCGACUUUUGAUAUCGAUGUUCACGGUUGAGGCAUCAAUAUUGAAUAACGAAGCGUUUCCAAACUCGUGGCUAAACAUCGACAUCCUUGCCCGCAAGACAUUGCUAAAACUUAUGGAGCCGAUAGCUGUGAUUCUUACUCGCGACUUCAUACCUGAUGUACCGGAUUCUGAACAUGGCUUUCACCAACAACUCUGGUUCGAUUUCAUUCAUAUCUUGCUUCGAACUUUGUCAAGCAACCAGCUUGUUAUCGAAGAAUUGAGUCCGCAGAAACGGAGAGCAGUCUGGCGCUUAGCUGGAGAUAUUCGCGGUGAGGGUGCAUCACUGUUGAUAAGGAGUUGGGAAUCUCUUGGCUGGACGCAAGCAGUCUCGACUUCAGGCCAGCCCAUCGUAAUAUACGGAGGGUAUCAAGCGGAUCUCAUCGAUUUGGUAAAUGAGACCCUCCAUCUAUGCCUGAGUCACCAUGAUGAGCUGCGCACGCAUGCGGUUCAGAUCUUGUUCAGCAUGAUUCUGACUGAGUUCGAGAGCACGGGGGACUUCAUCAGGGUCGAAACAGAGUUGAUAAAUAAAAUGGACGAGCUCUUCAUGUCGGAAGCGAAGACGGAUGAUCUUUCCAGGGCUCUCUUUGUCCAUGAGCUCCGUGGACUUUUUGAGCAAUGCUCAGGUGAUCAGAGGCUUCGAGACCGGGUGACAGAAUCCCUGAACUCUGUUGAUGAUUUCCUUGAGCUACUCAUCAGUGUUAGAGAACUUCCUGAAGGGGACGAGUACCAAGACGAUAGGGUGAUAGCAACCCUCCGCCUGAUGAAUUUCAUCCGCCGAAUUGGUCGAAACGAGAUAUACAUUAAGUAUGUUCACCAACUCGUGAAUAUGCAUCUUCAAAAUCACAAUUACGUCGAAGCUGCUCUCACUCUCAAGUUGCACGCCGAUUUACAUGAAUGGGAUCUCACCACCCCGGUUGAUCCUUUGCCUGACCUCAAUCUCCCUCGCCAAUCUGCCUUUGUUCGCAAAGAGACUCUGUUUUUACUUGUCAUUGAUUUUCUAGGCAAAGGGAAAGCGUAUGAGAGCGCGAUCGAGAUCUGCCAGGAAAUAGCUGCACAGCAUAUGGAGGUCACUUUCAAUUACCCUCGGUUAAUGGAUCUCCUUCGUCAGCAAGCAGCGUUAUUUGACCGGAUUAUGACCGACGAAAGGGUGUAUCCUGACUAUUACCAUUUAUCAUUCUACGGAGAAUUCCCUGUUGCUCUGCGAGAUAAGCAGUUUAUCUACCGGAGUUUUGAGCACGAGCCUUAUGAGGACUUUUGCAAGAGGAUGCAAGCAAAAUACUCAGGGGCAUAUUUGAUUUUAUCACUGGAUGAAUCCAGCGAUGACAUCAAAUACGGAACCCAGCAAUAUGUCCAAAUCAUCCCCGUCACCCCUGAGCCUGACCGCACGAGUCCCGUUUUCGUGGGCCUAGAUGUUCCUGCAAGGAUUAAAACUUACUAUGAACACUGUGCCGUCAAUACCUUCAGCUACACCCGGCCGUUUACUCGGGUAUCCCCAAGUGGUGAUGCGGAAGACGUUUGGUCUUUGAAGAGCUUUUUGACGACGGAGGAUCAAUUCCCCACUGUUUUGCGUCGGUCGGAAAUUAUCGAUACGCAACAUAUGGAGGUAUCGCCCGUAGUGAACGCCUUGACGGCCGUGGAGCAGCAGGCGAAGGAACUGUCUAUGUUGGAAGUCAGGUACUCUGCACUCUCCAAGAUCGAUGCCGUUACGAAUACGAAUGCAUUGGCGAUGGCACUGAACGCGGCUCUCGACGUGCCUUCCGAUGCGGGUAUUCACCUUUAUCGCCUCAUGUUUCUCACAGAGGCCUACCGGUCGUUGCAUCUCGACGAGGUCGAAUCAAUUGGAAAACUCUCAGCCGCCAUCAUGGAAUUGACGCAGGUAAUUGAUAAAUGCCUAAAGUUGCAUGGCGAAUACUGCCCCGAGGACAUGCUGGAUUUCCAUGGGCAGUUGGUGAAGUUGUUCCUCAAGAACUUCGGCGAUGAAAUACAACGGUUGGCCAUUAACGCCAACCCAAUAGAUCCGUCAGUUUCGACUGGAAGGCUUCCCCAAAGUCCAAUGCCAACAUUGAAUGACCCCAGCAAUCGAGUCGGCGGUACCAGAGGCCAUUCCACGUUGGCACGGCAAAGUCUGUCCGCUCUGGCACUUGGGAGAGACGUCCCUUCCCUAUAUGUCCACGCCACCGCUUCCGCCCCUUAUUCUCCCGAACUCCCUUCAAUGAAUCCUCCUGGCUCUCAGACACCUCUCCAGCGUAGUCUUGCGAACCUGACCCGUCACGGUAUGCACGGGAUGUUGAACUCGUUGGCAAACGGUUAUGAUCAGAUUGAUGCGUUUGCAACGAGCCCAACAAACGAUCUUGCCACCAGGAGGACGUCUGGAUCUGCGUCGCUAUCGUUUUUGGAACACCCUACUCAUUACGAAAAUGGUAGCAUUACGGCGAAUGGGUAUCAGCAAUCCGUACUAUCGCGUGGUGCCUCCAUUGGCGGAGCAGCCAGCAUGUUCAGCACCCGAUUGUCACGCUUUGGUAGCAUACUACGCCGACAAGGCACUCUUCCUGAUCGUUGA